GCAAGACCAGUAUAUAAACUGAGAGCCGCAGGUUGUUAAAAUCAUAGUUCGUCAUUCAUUAAAUCUGAGUAGAUCAAGGCUAUAAAAAUGUACUUUCAAGCAGUUGUGUGUUUAUCUUUGGUCAUACUUCAGGUCAGUGGGUUACCACUGACCGUCAAUGAUCGCGCUGAAGAGUUGAGCGGAAAUUUCGAAGGUGAUAUGGUUCUCUCCAAUGAACAGCGAUCAAUUCGGAACCAUAAUCGGAACGGACUGUUGAAUGAAAAGUACCGCUGGCCAAAUAACACCGUUCAUUACAAAAUCAUUCCGGAAAACUUUACUUCUGAACAGAUCGACUAUAUUCACAAGGCGCUCAACACAAUUGCUAACGUAUCUUGUUUAACCUUCGUGGAAGCUGGGCCAGAUGCAACUUCGUAUGUAAGAGUUGUUGGCGACAGCAUAGGUUGUUUUUCUGAAGUUGGUUUCACUGGAUCCAUCCAAGAUUUGAACCUGGCACCUAAUGCACUAGAGCAGGGCUGUUUCCGACUCGGUACGAUUAUUCAUGAGUUUCUUCAUGCCUUAGGAUUCUACCACAUGCAAAGUGCCAGUGACCGUGAUGACUACGUAACUAUCGUGUGGGAAAACAUCCAACGGGGAGCGGAACACAACUUUGAAAAGUAUGCCAGUACUGAAGUCAGUCAUUUUGACACUGAGUACGAUUAUGGAAGUGUUUUACACUACUCAGCUACGGCAUUUAGCUUGGAUUUCGAACCCACGAUUAUCCCGAAGGAUCCUAACGCUACCAUCGGACAGCGUAAAGGUAUGAGUGAGAAGGAUAUUACUAAGCUCAACCGCAUGUACAAAUGUGAUAAUUAA